UCCACCGGACGCCAUCGACUGGGUAAACAACCCCGGCAUCAGGUGGUUGCUGGCACCGAACGUUACCCGGCGAUGAGUCAAGUUCAAUGACGAAAUACGAGUGGCCGCAAAAACAGGGCUCCAAAGCUAAUUGGGAAAAUUGCCAUCCGGCAUCAGUGCGUAAAAUUGUCCCGCCGCGGGGGCCUAUAAAGGGGAAAAGUCCGAGCGCAACAUAGAUUAGUCGGGAAACACAGCUCCAGCUUCGCACAAAAUGUCACACCAGUCCAGCCACAGUUGCAGCCUCUUCUGGCUAUCGAUGGCCACCCUGCUGGCGCUGACGACGGCCCAGUACUACACACAGUACAAUCCGUACUACACGGCCAGUCCGACGUUCUCCAGCUUGAACCAGUACUACUACCAGACCACGCCGUAUCCCUACUACUACAGCACGUACACGACGCCGAGUCCCUAUGCCAACACUAAGAUACGCAUCUGGCCGUAUGUGAUCGGCCAGUAUCUGUAUCCGGUGUACAACAACAACAACUACAACAAUCCCUAUGCCUCGCUGAGCAAUCCCAACUGGCAGAACUACUACGCGAGCGUCUAUCAGGCGAAUUGGGGCCGAAAGUAGGGCGGGGGAUGUACUAUUAAUGUUUAUUUUGUGUUCAGUUAAUAAAAGAUAUCGUAUAUAUCGGAAGAGUAAUGGCAGGUAAUGGAAUACUCUCUACAGAAUCCCAACGGAAACGAUACGGAUAAUGACCUCCAUCAAAAUGCAAAUAUUCGAUGUUGGGUAGAAUGGUAAACAGAUCAACCGUCAAAAGGUGUGAGAACCGUUAGGAAUAGAGCGUUCCAAUGAAUGGAGCGGGGGCCCAUUAAAGCGGGGCCCAGACCAGAGCGAACUGAGCCCCGAAAAAACCUGAACCUGAACCCGAGACGAGACGAGACGAGACACAACCUCCCGGUGAACCCUGAACGUGAACGUGAACCUGAACCCAGUCGAGAGGUACUUAACGGUUUUCACACACCAUCGCCAGGUUCCAGUUGGGUGGGGUGCCAUUAUGUAAUGAUUUUUGGGCAAACUCGGCUGCAUCGGACAUCGACAGAGCAACGAACUUGACUCUGAACUCUCGACUUGCGACUUAUGACAGUUGCAGUUAUGUUUGUUUAUGUAACUGAGGCAUGUGGCAAUACCAUUUGAUGUAAUGGCAAUAAAGAGUGGCAUGAUCGUAAACUCGAACGAACGUUCGUUUCAU